AUGGCUAAAGUCGAAGUUCAGAUACGGAGCUGCUUUUGCUGCGGCUUAUCUCUAGCAACCGUGUUAGUUGCUCUCUACACUCUGAUUUUAUAUUCUCUACUAACUGGAUUAGCUGGUUGGGGUUUAUCCGAUACUGCUGCACAUGGAGACUCUUCACACUUCAAAAGUUGCGAGCUUGAAGCUCAAGGAAAAAUCACUGCCGAAAACCGUAAAUUAACAUUCCACGGAGGUCAUACAACAGUCGUGGUUGAGGAUUCUUCAUCUUACCAUUGCUCACUUGGCUUAUAUACGGAGGAGUUAAAAUAUGAAGCUGGACUACGAUAUACAACAUUGGUUGUGAAUCUAUUUAUCUAUGUUGGUAUGAUCUUGGCAUCUAUCCUUCUGUUAAUCGGAUUAGCCAUCUACAAUCAAUGGCUUCUCGUUCCAUGGAUCGUUCUUCUAGCCAUUGAUAUCAUCCGUGGACUCAUAUCCGUUUUCUUCAUCUUCUUCUUCAGCUAUGGAAACUUGGCUCGCAUUGCAACCGGAAUAUUCUUCCUCGGAUUACAAUUCUUCCAUAUUUCUCUACUUAUGAUCAUAAUUGCCAAGUUCCAACGUAUCUACAACCGAAGGAACGGUAUUACAAUGGAAAAUAGACCGUUCGAUCAGAGAGCUUAUCCAGCUUCUUCAACUUACGCCUAUUCCCCAGAUCACAGAAGACCAGAAUACUAUCCAGAAUCUGUAAGAGAUCAUUACGGACCUCCAGCCAUACACCAUCCACCUCAACAACUUCCAUACGAAAAUCAUGGAUAUCGUUAUUAA